AAGUUGGGCAGUAGCAAGAAUGAUAUGAUAGAGUAUAAAUUGGUCCAUGAAUGAAUGCAAAGUGACCACACUAGUGACGAGAGUUUUAGCCAUGGGUGAGUUAAAUUAUGCUGGAAAAGUAAGAGAAGGGUGUUCACAGUGCGCAUAUAUUUUAUGGCAGCAGCCAGCCACCCCUCGCGCUGAUUAUGCAGCAAAAGCAACAAAUGUUAGUUAUGGUUUGCCAAUGCAUGUGACUAAAGCUUGGUUUGUUGAAUUUUAAAUGUUAAAAUGAAUGACCUUUCAUAUCUGGUUAAGAUGGCUUCAUGGUUUGUACUGAAGGCUAUAAAUCUAUUUAAUGAUGUGAUGUGCAAGGAAGAGAAUAUAUAUACUACUUACUACUGAGAAGGGAAACAGAAGAUUAAAAUGGUUUUUCCAAGCAGAAAAGAUUAUCAUUAAGACGAAAAAGCAGCUUCCUCUUUCACCGGAGUCCAACCUAGACGGCUGAUGUUUUGUUUUGGAUUCAGCAUUUCAACUUUGACGUGAAUUGGAAAAAGAAGUCACGGGGUUCUGGUGGGCUAAGUGCGGUUUGGCUCUGCAGUCCACGUAAGAGUCCCAUUUUAAUGCUCCUCCUAGUUUUCAUUAAACCUGCUUUCUUCUAUCUUUCCUCUUUCUCGGUUCCCUUCCAAUUCCAUAAACAUAAGAGCAAGGACAGCCCGCACCCGCAACCCCAGCUGUCUCCCUUUGUUUUCCCCUCUCUGUUCCCACUUCACACCAAAACACUCUUGAAAUUACAGAAAGCCAAGCCGAAGGCCUCGUACGUUGGUCUAGUUCUCUGCCUUUUUGCUGAUGAAACUGCUCUAAACCAAUAUGACUAUCGAGAAAAAAUAUCUGGAUUGCGCGCUAGUCCCAAUAGGGAUUCUUUUAAUGUUGGCAUACCAUCUUUGGCUUCUCUACCGAAUCGUCAAACAUCCCACCAAGACCGUCAUCGGCGUCAACGCCAUCAACCGCCGCUUCUGGGUUCGCGCUAUGAUGGAGGACGUGGCAAAAAAUGGGGUUUUGGCUGUGCAAACGCUGAGAAACAACAUAAUGGCAUCGACGCUUUUGGCAUCGACGGCGAUCAUGCUGAGUUCCCUCAUCGCCGUCUUGAUGACAAGCAGUAGCGGUAAUAGAUCGUCUUGGUUCAUGUUUGGAGACCGAAGCAACCUCGCAUUUUCCAUCAAGUGUUUCUCGAUAUUGGUUUGCUUCCUGGUGGCCUUCUUGCUCAACGUGCAGUCCAUCAGGUAUUACAGCCAUGCCAGCAUCCUCAUCAAUGUGCCUGUGAAGAAGAUGUCCCAGCAUCAGCGCCAUCACCAUCUUACCGUUGAAUACGUUGCCACCACCGUGAACAGGGGCAGCUAUUUUUGGUCUUUGGGGCUACGUGCGUUUUACUUCUCGUUCCCUCUUUUCUUGUGGAUCUUUGGCCCUCUUCCUAUGGUUUUCUGUUGCAUUGCCCUCAUUUUCAUGCUUUAUUUCCUCGAUGUUACCUUCCAGUAUGGGCGGGCCGCUGGGGUCGUUGAUGAAAAUGGCCACAAGGAUGAGGAAUCAGGGGGUUCGGGUCGAUCGUAAUCCUGUAAUUUCGUAUAGCUAGGAAUAUAGGAAAUGGUUGCGUCUGCCAAUUCGUUCAAUCCAAGUUGAAUCGAAUUGCAUUUCAUCAUUAUGGGAAAUAAGGUUGUUAACAAAUACCGGCGCAUACGCAUUUUAGUUUUCUAUCCUAAUCAUCAGUAACGAACACGGUUUGUUAUAUCAGAAAUGGGUUUUCAGCCUUUUCACAUAACAAAAUGUAUCCAAGGAGAAUCGUUCGAUAAGAGGAAUGAAAAUUGAAAGGUUGGUUUCUUCUA